AUGGCUGUUGCUGGAAUUUCAAGAAAGUCCCAGAGGGCUGAUUUAACUGAAGAGCAAAAACUUGAACUACAUGAAGCCUUCGAUAUGUUCGAUACUGAUGGCUCUGGCAAAAUCCAGGCAAAUGAGCUUCGUGUUGCAUUAAGAGCACUUGGCUUUGAACCAUCAAAGGAUGAACUUAGAAGAAUGAUUACAGAUGUGGAUAAGAAAGGAAAUGGCUAUCUAGAUUUCCCACAAUUUAUGGAAGCAAUUGUUAAAAAGAUUAGUGAACCAGAUCAUGAUGAAGAGAUUGAAAAAUCAUUUAAAUUAUUCGAUCAGAACAAGGACGAUUUCUUAGAUAUUGACGAUCUUAAAUAUGUUGCAGAUUUAAUCGGUGAAUCAAUGAGCCAAGAAGAGCUUAAUGAAAUGAUCAAGGAAGCUGAUCAGGAUAAAGAUGGAAAAGUUACACUUGCUGAUUUCAAGCGUGUUGUUCAACGUGCAACUUUAUUUUAA